AUCAAACCCCCAAGCGGAAAUCGAGAAAAAAAAAAUAUUUCUUCAACAAAAUAAAGUUGUAACGCGGGUUAUCUUCCCAUCAAUAAAAAUAAUUAAUUUAUUCACACACACCAUUUUUCUCUUUCUUACUUUCUUCACAAUUUCAAAUUUCUGCUUUAUUUUUCAUCAGACAAAGAGAAAAAAUAAGGGGGCAAUUCCAAUUCAAACUUCCAAAUUCUUCUUCUUUUUCUCCAAAAAUGUCUGGUUACAGAGCAGAAGAUGAUUAUGAUUACCUCUUUAAAGUUGUUUUGAUUGGAGAUUCUGGUGUUGGGAAAUCCAAUUUACUUUCUAGGUUUACUAGAAAUGAGUUUAGCCUUGAGUCUAAAUCCACCAUUGGUGUUGAAUUCGCUACUCGUAGUUUAAAUGUUGAUGGAAAGGUUAUUAAAGCUCAGAUUUGGGAUACUGCUGGUCAAGAAAGGUAUAGGGCAAUUACCAGUGCUUAUUACAGAGGAGCUGUUGGUGCACUUCUUGUGUACGACGUUACUAGGCAUGCUACUUUCGAAAGCGUGGAGAGAUGGCUAAAGGAGCUAAGGGAUCACACAGAUCCCAACAUCGUGGUUAUGCUUAUCGGGAACAAAUCAGACCUUCGCCACCUAGUAGCCGUCUCAAUGGAGGAUGGGAAAACAUUUGCUGAAACAGAGUCGCUUUAUUUCAUGGAGACUUCUGCACUUGAAGCAACGAAUGUGGAGAACGCUUUCACGGAAGUUGUUACUCAGAUUUAUCGGAUUGUCAGCAAGAAAGCUAUGGAAGCCGGUGAGGAUGCUAAUGGUUCAGCUGUUCCAGCCGGUGAGAAAAUAGAUAUUGGCAAAGAAGUGUCUGCUGUGAAGAAAGGUGGUUGCUGCUCCAGUUGAGUAAGGUAUUUCCGAAAAUUAGAUUUUUAUUAGAUUGGUUUAAGAGCAAUUUUUUAAUUGGGUUGUUGAUGCUUCACAGUUUUUCUAUACACCUAAUAUGUAGUAUAAUUUUAUGAGAUAUUCCCAUCUUAGAAAGUAGUGGAUUAUAUGGUUUACUUCAUUUUCAAAAGAGUGUUCUUGAUA